CAUCAACAGUACCCUGAGCAUAAAUUUGUGGGGCUCCAAAAUCAACUCCUCUUAUUUCUCCAUCAGCCAUCUGACCCAAAUGUUUUAAAACUUUUGACCAAUCAGAUGGAAGUUUUGGAGGGCUGCCUCAUCCAGGUCGUCCUAUCAGGGAAAGUGUCCAUAGAAGACUUGUGUGCUAAACAGCAUGUCCUCUACAUCCACUCGUACAAGAGUCCACACUUCUGCGAAUUUUGCGGGGAGAUGCUUUGGGGGCUGGUUAAACAGGGGCUCAAAUGUGAAGGUCCCUGUGGUCUGAACUUUCAUAAGAGAUGUGUGUACAAGAUUCGUGGCGAUUGUAUGGCCUUCAAACCAACUUCCAUGAAGAUGAUCAACGAUGAUAGUACUCAACAGGGAAGACCCAGCAAUGGAGUUUCCCACCUAUCGAGUUUGAGUGUGCAGCAGAGUGAGAUGAGCGUGCGUCGCGGUUCGAACCUGAGACUGCAGAUUCCUCACACGUUCGUGUCUCACAACUACACCCUGCCGACUCAGUGCCAACAUUGUCACAAACUUCUGCCUAUUGUCGGCCAGAGUAUGCAGUGCAAGGACUGCAAGAUAAAUUGCCACAAGAAGUGUCAGGAGUACCUGCCCAACAAUUGCCAGGGUGAGACGAGGGCAAUCAACGAAGAAACUGACGUGGAGGAGGACCCGUGUGGAAACGAUUCUUUCGAGCCACAAACUGCGCUCAACGAUUCGCCACAACAGCAACGAAGACAGGAAAGUUGUGACGUGGCUACAGCUGCUUCUGCUGCUGCAAGUUUUAAUACUCCUACUGCUGCGAAUGUGAAUAACGAAAUGAACAAUAGUGGCACUGCACCAACUGCUGCCGUGUCUGAACUUAGGUCAGUGCCGUCCAAUAAUAUUCCACUUCAACGAGUCGUCCAAUCAUUUCGAAACGUUAAAUUAACGGGGGUGCAAUCCAUAAGAAGCGAUUGGAUGGUCUGGUGGACCAAUCACAACCCAGCUAAACGACAUCAUUAUUGGACGCUGGACGCCAAGUGCAUCACGCUGUACUCCGAGGAGAAGCAGAAGAGGUACUUCAAGGUCAUUCAGCUGAAGGAUGUAACACGCCUGCAAUUGAAAAAACCAAACAGCAGCACGGCAAAUUUUUCUGGAGACAAGAAGAAAACAACAACAACAACAACAACAACAACUAAUAACACCGCGAACAACAACAACAACAGCGUGGCAUGCGAACACAUUUUUGAAAUGGUUGUUGGCGAAACAAUUUAUUGCGUGGGAGAAAACUGGGCGGACGAGAGAUCGGAUGAGAAGAGGGAAAGGACCAUCUUGUUUGAGAAUGCCAUCAGGCAGGCCCUGCUACCCCUGACCCCGCAGAGUGGUGGGGCUGGCAAGGAAACUGCUAAGAACAGUUGCCAGUCAGAAAAAAUUACCGACAUCAACCAAAGAUACGAAAUAUUUCCGGAAGAUGUUCUAGGGUCUGGCCAAUUCGGGAUAGUUUAUGGAGCCAGACACCUGCAAAAGAAGCAUGAUGUGGCGAUCAAGGUCAUCGAUAAGGCCAAGUUCAAGGACAAACAAGAGGCGCAACUCAAAAAUGAAGUCAGCAUAUUGCAGAAUAUUGAUCAUCCUGGAGUUGUGAAUGUCGAGUUCGUCCAUGAAUCAGCUGAUAAGAUCUAUGUGGUGAUGGAGAAAUUGAAGGGCGACAUGUUGGAGAUGAUUCUCAGCAGUGCCAACAGCCGCCUCAACGAACGAAUGACCAAGUUCUUCGUCUACCAGAUCUUAAUGGCCUUAAAAUACUUGCACGACAACAACAUCGUCCAUUGCGACCUCAAGCCAGAAAAUGUUCUUUUAUCUUCUAAUUCGAAGUUUCCUCAGGUAAAAUUGUGUGACUUUGGAUUUGCGAAGAUAAUUGGAGAGAAAUCCUUCCGAAGGUCCAUUGUUGGCACCCCGGCUUAUUUGGCUCCUGAAGUUUUGAAAAACAAGCGUUACAACAGGUCUCUUGAUAUGUGGUCUGUCGGAGUGAUUCUGUAUGUUAGCCUCAGUGGCACCUUCCCAUUCAAUGAAGACGAAGACAUCAGCGACCAGAUACAAAACGCGGCGUUCAUGUUCCCGAAGAAUCUCUGGGGCAACAUUUCACAGCAGGCUAUAGACCUGAUAGUGAGGAUUCUACAAGUUCAACUUCGCAACAGAUUCAAGGUCGUAGACGCACUGAACCAUGCAUGGAUGCAGGAUUAUCAGUGCUGGGCGGAUUUGAAAGCCCUGGAGAAACAGGUUGGAAUGAACUAUCUGACCUCGAAGGAAGAUGACAACAGAUGGAUCGAAUAUGCGAGGAAUAAGAAGCUACCAUCCUGGCAGGAGAUAGGGCAUGUUGAAAUACCCCUCAACCAAAUAAUGGCAUCGACCUUUAGGUCCGCGUUUUGAAUGUUCAAAGGGGUGUUCAGAUCGUCAGCGUUGUUUAACCGCCAUGACACUAUUUGAAACAUUAUUUUAAUUUUUUACUUCUGGAAAUGGAUGGAAGUUACGUUGGGGUUGAUGUCAUUCACUUGAAAAAUUUGCACGCAAUAAGUCUCAAUGUUUUGAGAUUUCACUUUGGAAAUGAUCAGACGUAUGAAUGAAUGAAUGAAUUUUUUGUUAUAAAAAUCACAAAUUUUGUUUUAAUUCAUGGUUCUAAUAAAUAAACUUUUUGAAAUAAAA